UUUUUUUUUCUUUUUUCUUUUUUAUAAUUCAGUUGAAUGGAUUACCAAGAUCGUUUUGUUCAAUUAGUCAAAGACAUCACACGAUUACAAUGGGUUAGAGAGUCCUUACCUUCUCACUCUAAAUACUAUGAAAGUUUGAAAAAGAAAUUGGAAAAACAGACACACCUGAAAGUAUUAUCUGAAAAUGAACUUAAAGAAUAUCAGCAAAGACAAGAUAGUCAGUCAUGCUCAAUCAAUAAUAGAUUAUUUAAUAAGGAUGAUAAUACCACACUGCAUGGGAAAUCCUAUAGUAAUAUUAUAGAAUCUGUCCGGUUUUAUGAUAAUGCAAUACAAAAAUUACAAUUUGAGAUGCAGCAAGCAAAAGAAGUGCUACAAGACUUGAAUACAGAAAAGAGAAAGCUGGAUCGUUUAUGUGAUGAACUGCAUUUGUUAUAUGACCAAAUCAUUAUUGAAGAUUCAGAAGAUGCUACUUUUAUUUUUGGUCAGCAUCUGAAACGUGAUGUCGAACAAUUAGCUGCAGAUAUACCGAAUAUCAAAAAAAACAUUGAGGUAUACAAGAUAGCUCAAGCAAAACUUUAUGAAGCAAGAGAACUUAUAGAAUCUGCCAUGCGUUCCUUACCGGGAGCUGCUUCGUUUAUGGACAGACAAGCGAUUGCGUCUAAAAAUAACAAGGGAAAUAAUAGCAAUUCGUCCAUACUUGGCAAACGACCCGUUCUGAUGGUCGAUACUAUCAAACAGGCUGAGAACAUUGCCCAAAGGUCUUAUCAACUUGUUGCAGAGGCGGCAUCCAUAUGUCCUGAUGUUCCUAAUAUUCCCUCAAGUCCGAUACAAAAGAAUGAAACAAAUGUAGUCAUUCUUUUAACAAACUAUCGUGGAUACAGACUCAAGGUGGAGACCAUUUUGAGAACACAGGUCAAUCCUCGGCUACAUGGCUAUGAGAAUCAACUAGCAAGCGCAAAAUAUCACUAUGAACAACGGGUGAUCGAGUGGAUUGAUCAUCAGAUCAUCACACUUGAAGCUUACUUGCGAGCCAACGGCUGUUUGCUGAAUGAUAAUCUAAAUAGAGAAAUUUCUAUGCUCAGGAUGGGAUCGAGAGCUGCCAGAGCUGCAGUGGCAUCGGAAGCAAGCGAGCGAGUAACGGUAGAUGAUGUACUAGAAAUAUCAGCAGGCGAAGGGACAGCAUUACCUGAGUAUGCUAUGAUUGAGCCUAAUAGUCAUAGUGUGAGCAGUAGCAGUGAUAGUAGCAGUCAUACAGAUGAUUUAGAUGACAUGAAUCAUUCCAGAUUGACUCCAGACACCACUUCAUGUGUAAAUACAAAUUCAACCCCCAUUGUGCAUAAUCAUGAUUUACCUUCAUACACCUUUCAUGAGCAUCCUCCAGCUUACUCGGCAUAAAAACUACAAAUUGCAGGCAUUCAUUCUGAAGUGCAAGAAUAAUAAAGUUCCUUUAUUAUUUGAUAAUCCUAUUUAUUAGUGUUUAAUGAUGCCAUAGAUAUUGGUGUGCCUUGUUAUCAACUUGACCAUUGCCAAACUGUCAAGCAAAAAAUGAAGUAAAAAAUAGAAACAAGCUACAUUCGUAUCACUUGAUUUAAAAAUAGAACUAAGCAC